CCAUCCAUCAUGCAUAAAAGUUGCGGUAUAAAAAAGAAUGUCCCAUUUAGAAGGGACAGCCUCCACCUACACCACUAGGCUCUGUAGUAGCCCUAAGAAGAGUUUUGCAGGAGACGCACACACAGUGAAGAUGGCUUGGUUGACCAACUUUUUCAGGAGACGUAGACAUCGCGCCAUCACCCGGCAAUAUCACGUCGUCCUCCAGGACGGUACCGAGAGAACAUUUGAAUUGCAGCGUACAGCUACAGUGCAAGACCUUGUUGAGGUCUCUCUUUUAAGUAUGAGUGUUCCUGCUCCCUAUCAUUACAUGUUUAGUCUGACUGUGACUAAUAGUAGCCAGCAGAAUCCACGUUGGCUUAGGCUUAGAAAAACACUCAAAAAAGAACUCAAAAAUACAGAACCACAAACCAAACUGUAUGUUACAGUACUUAUGUAUCCAAAGUCGCACUUUGUACUUGAACACAAAGUAGUAAGACACCUUCUUUAUGCUCAAGUUUGCAAGGACUUGAAUGAUGGAAGAAUAAAGUGUACAAGUGAUGUCAUGGCUCAGCUUACAGGCCUUAUAGCUCAAGCUCAACUAGGUGAUUAUUCUGAAAGGACACUUCAGAGUGACUACAUGUCUAGACUGAAUGUCAAAAUGAGUCCAAAGCAUGAGAGAAUGGCCGUGGAGCAGCAUAAACUGAGAAGAGGCUUGCAGACUGAUAGCUGCAUUGAGGAAUUCCUCAACAUGGCUGAAGGCCUCAAUGGCUACGGAUCUAUUCUAUUUGAUCUACAAGAUGAACAAAGUCAUCCUGUAGUUCUUGGUUGCGGUCCUAAUGGGAUUGAAGUUUUGGAAGGAAACAUACAGACUCUGUCCAUCAAAUGGGAGACCGUGACUAUCAUCAAUAUAAGAUACAGGACGAUAAACUUCCAUUCUGAUACGACAUAUGUAAGUGCAAUGAGGUAG